UUAGUACUUUAUUCCGACUGAAUAUUUCCCAACACGUAUAAACCCCUCUCUGUCUCUCUGCCUUCUCUACUCUAGAGGUUUCCAGCUGCCCCGACCACCCGCUGCAUUUGUAGAAACACCCCCGACCUCUCUCUCGCCCUCGAUCUGUUGCAGGUUGUGAGCUCAUUGAUUUUGUUCGAGUGACCGUGUUACAAAUCAUAACCACCAAGCAAACAUGAGUGUGGUUGGUUUUGAUUUUGGAAAUGAGAGUUCCGUUGUUGCUGUUGCAAGGCAAAGAGGUAUUGAUGUAGUGCUUAAUGAUGAAUCAAAGAGGGAAACACCUUCUCUUGUAUGCUUUGGAGACAAGCAGCGGUUCCUCGGGACAGCAGGUGCUGCAUCAAGUUUGAUGAAUCCAAAAAAUACAAUAUCUCAAAUAAAGAGGCUGAUUGGACGCCAGUUUUCUGAUCCGGAGCUGCAGCGUGAUCUAAAGUCAUUGCCAUUCUCGGUGACUGAAGGGCCUGAUGGUUAUCCAUUAAUACAUGCUCGGUAUUUGGGAGAAAGUAAGGCAUUUACGCCUACUCAGGUAUUGGGAAUGCUGUUUUCCAAUUUGAAGAGCAUUGCAGAAAAGAACUUGAAUUCAGCGGUUGUAGAUUGUUGCAUUGGAAUACCUGUUUAUUUCACUGAUCUCCAGAGGAGGGCUGUGAUUGAUGCAGCCACCAUUGCUGGUUUACACCCUCUUCGUCUUAUUCAUGAGACUACCGCUACUGCUAUGGCUUAUGGUAUUUAUAAGACUGAUCUACCAGAGAAUGAACCAAUGAAUGUCGCUUUCGUUGAUGCGGGGCAUGCCAGUAUGCAAGUUUGUAUUGCUGCAUUCAAGAAAGGCCAGCUUAAAAUUUUGGCACACUCGUUUGAUCGUUCCUUGGGUGGAAGAGAUUUUGAUGAAGCUCUUUUCCAGCAUUUUGCUGCAAAAUUCAAGGAUGAAUAUAAGAUUGAUGUUUAUCAGAAUGCGAAGGCUUGUCUAAGGCUUCGUGCAGGUUGUGAAAAAUUGAAGAAGGUUCUUAGUGCUAACCCUGAAGCACCUCUCAGCAUUGAAUGCUUGAUGGAUGAUAAAGAUGUAAGAGGAUAUAUUAAGAGAGAUGAGUUUGAGCAAAUUAGUAUCCCAAUUUUAGAGCGUGUAAAGAAGCCGCUGGAGAAGGCUCUAGCAGAUGCUGGACUGACUAUUGAGAAUAUACAUUCAGUUGAAGUUGUGGGAUCAGGCUCUCGAGUCCCUGCUAUGAUUAAGAUUUUGACUGAGUUCUUCGGGAUGGAGCCGAGGCGUACAAUGAAUGCAAGUGAAUGUGUUGCCAAAGGCUGUGCUUUACAAUGUGCUAUCCUUAGUCCUACAUUCAAAGUUCGGGAAUUCCAGGUCACUGAGAGCUUCCCGUUCCCCAUUUCUCUGUCAUGGAAAGCUCCUGCUGGAGAUACGCAAAAUGGAGCGGUUGAUAAUCUGCAGAGCACCAUUGUAUUCCCGAAGGGAAACCCAAUACCCAGCAUGAAAGCCUUGACUUUCUACAGGUCUGAGACCUUCACAUUAGAUGUACAAUAUGCUGAUGUUAGUGAGUUGCAAGCUCCAGCAAAGAUCAGCCAGUAUACGAUUGGACUAUUUCAGUCCAAAAAUGGUGAGAAGGCAAAAUUGAAAGUCAAAGUUCGUCUUAAUCUUCAUGGUAUUGUGUCUGUUGAAUCUGCAACGCUGCUUGAAGAAGAAGAACUACAAGUUCCAGUUGCUAAAGAGUCUGACAAAGAGUCCGCUAAAAUGGAGACUGAUGAACUUCCUGCUGACCCUGCUCCUUGUGCGGCUGAUGUAAACAUGGAGGAUUCUAAAACUGGCGUUCCUGCUGCUGAAAAUGGUGUUCCAGAGUUGGGCGUUCAGAUGGAGACAGAUGUCAAGGUGGAGGCUCCAAAGAAGAAGGUUAACAAGAAAACUGUGCCUGUGUCAGAAGUUGUAUUGGGAGCUCUUACUGCUCCGGAUGUGCAAAAGGCUGUGGAGAAGGAAUUCGAGAUGGCUUUGCAGGAUCGUGUCAUGGAGGAAACCAAAGACAAGAAGAACGCCGUCGAGUCAUAUGUUUAUGAUAUGAGGAAUAAACUCCACGACAAGUAUCAUGAUUUUGUAACUGAUUCAGAGCGAGACCAAUUGAUUAUCAGACUCCAGGAGGUAGAAGACUGGUUAUAUGAGGACGGUGAAGAUGAAACCAAAGGUGUAUAUGUUGCCAAGCUUGAGGAGCUCAAGAAGCAAGGUGAUCCUAUAGAGGAGCGCUUCAAGGAGCACACAGAGAGGGGAUCUGUGAUAGACCAACUUGCUCAUUGCAUCAAUAGUUACAAGGAGGCAGCAAUAUCCACUGACCCCAAGCUCGAGCAUAUUGAUGUGACGGAGAAGAAAAAGGUUUUGAAUCAAUGCGUGGAAGCUGAAGCUUGGUUGAGAGAGAAAAAGCAGCAACAAGAUUCACUUCCAAAGCACGCAAACCCAGUUUUACUGAAUUCUGAAGUGAAGAAAAAGGCUGAAGCCAUCGAUAGGUUUUGCCGGCCAAUAAUGACGAAGCCAAAGCCAACAAAACCAGCCACUCCAGAGCCAACCUCUCCAGCUCCAUCCCAAGGCAGUGAGUCUCAACCUCAAGGGGAUAGCAAUGCUGGUUCGAGCCCUGGCCAAAACACGGAAGCAGGGGCCGGACAAGAAGCUUCCACAGAGCCCAUGGAAAUGGACAAACCCGAGGAUUCUCAAAACGUGUGAUGGUAGUUAUAUCUAUAUAAUAUAUUAAGUUGCAGCAUGCUUGAGCCCUUUUUGCACAACAAGCAGAAACUGGAUUAGGGACUUGUGAUCACUCUCGAAUGUCUGACGAUGUCGCUGAUUUUUCUCCAUAUAUUUUGGUAGGUGAUCAAAGGAUGUUUUAUAGAUAUAGCUGGUUCUUUAUGAUCUUGUUUCAGAGAAAGGGGGGUUGUAAGAAGUGACUGUCGAUCCUGUCUAUUUCAGCUUCGCUCAUUGGAAGCAGUGAAGGGCGUGUUCGAGUUUUUAAACGUUUCCCAAAUUUUUAUUGGUCUUUGUGUAUGCGAAUUUUGCCUUAUUUUCAAGAAAUCGGAACACCUUGUGUCGUUUGAUUACA